UGAUCAAAAGCGAGAAUGAGACUAAAGAAAAGCUCUAACAAAAAAAUGGCCAUACCGCCACCACCGGGACCACCGCCACCGCCAGGGCCCCCGCCGCCCCCGGCCAUGGGCGGCUUGAAGCUGGGCGGCGGUGGAGGCAAAGGUGGUGCAGAUCCCCGCUCUGCCCUCCUCAGCUCCAUCCAGAAGGGCACCAAGCUCCGCAAGACGAACACCGUGGACAAGAGCGGACCGGCGAUAUCGGGGAAGGUAUGUGGAGCAGAUGCCGCAGCAGGAGCGGGAGUUGGAGGCGCCAAGCGCACCCUCAAUAACAACACCAGCACCAGCAACAACAACAACAACAGCAGUAGUAGCAGCAGCAGCAGCAACGGCCUUGGCAAUGGAGCCCCCAAAUUGGGGGGCCUGUUCGAAGGCUACUCGCAAAUGCCGAAGCUGAAGCCCGUGAAUGGCUAUCGCACCGGAGCAGCAGCAGCAGCGACUCCACAACCACCAGCCGGAGUAGCAGCGGCCGCAAUAGCACAGCAGCAGCAACGAAGCCAUAGCCCCCCCACAGCCGUCACUGCCGCUGCCGCAUCCAGCAACGGACCCAUGGACUUCAAUACAGAGCUGGCCAUGCACCUAACAUUGAAGCGCCAGAAGGCGCAGCAGAAGCAGCAACAAUCGCCGCAAGCACCCAGCGGCACCCAGCAUAUCAAUGCCACAGAAGCAAAUCUGAAAACAAAUCGGGGACCUCCACCGCAACCGCCAAAGCAAACCAACUCAAGUGAUUCGAUAUUGGAGCGCAUGAAUAUCGCACCCCGCGCUGCCCUGCCACCAGCUGCCGCCGUCAAAGCUGCCUCGCCCACGCUCUCGGAGAGCGGCAGCAACAGCAGUGGCAGCGUCAAGAGAAAGGCGGGCAAUCUGAAUAUCUCGUUAGGGAAUAGUUUUGUAAAUAGUUCGAUGGCAAAAACCACUGCGAGUGCUUCCACGACGUCGCUGAACUCGAGCAGAACGUCCUCGGCAGGAUCGCUACGCAACCUGGCGCCCAAUAAGUCAACUUUGUUCGGUGGUGCGGGUUCUUCUAUUGGUGGUGGUGGUUCACAGCAAACAUCGCCUCCAUCCACGGCCACGCCCACACCGUUGCCAUCUCAAGCGCAGUCCCAUACGCAAACACAGAUUCAGUCACAGCAGCAGAAGCCGGCCAUCAGCUUUGGCAAGCCGAACUUUGCACCAAAGCCGCCGGGGCUCCAGCAGUUGAUUCUGGUUAACGGGCAGCAGCGUCCGGCGGUGACGCGGCACCACAGCAUGAAGUCGCCCAGAUCUCCGCCAGCGUCUGGGCCUAUGCUGCCUCCCACCCUCCAGCAUUUUGGGACGAUGCGGGCUCCGCUCCAGCUGCAGGGCAUCGACGGAAGCGUCGCCAGCAUGCGCUGUGCCCCCAAUCCACCAAAGUCACGACCAUCGGUGAAGCCUCCACCUCCGCCAACACCGGCGCGGAGCUUCUCCAACAGCAAUCUGAGCAACAUCGGAGCUGGAUCAUCUGCAGCGCCGUUAAGUGCCGUCAACACGGCCCUGGUGCAGAGUGCGGCGACUACGACUCAGGCCCCUUCGACUCCCAUUACCCAACCGCCCUCCACUUCGAGUAGCAGUAGCAGCGUGGCCGCCCUGCGUGACCAGUUCCGUGCGGUUGGCAUCGGGAACGGUAUGAAUGGUAUGAACGGUGGGAAUGGGAAUUCCUCGCCACCGCUGCCGCCGCUGCCUACCCCAGCAUCAGUGUCGUCGGCCUCAUCAUCGACUACGGCCAGCCCCAAGUCUUCGACCGUCCGGCCAAUCAUACUGAAUGGGGGACCCAUCAUCAAUCCACCAGCCCCGCCGCCGCACCGCAGCUGUCCGCCUCCACCGCCGCCGCAGCGACAAUCGAGCACUAAUGUUCGAGUGAAGCACUGGUUGUUCAAGAGGCUGUUCUCGCUUAGCAAAUAUCUGAAACGGAACUACUGCCACAGCCGCCCACCAUUCAAGGUUAUCAAAAUGCUGAUGCUCCACGGCUGGAUCCGGAUCAGGUUCGGGUGCUGGAGCGCCAGUGCCGCCACAGCGUCACUCAUCCAUACGGCCCAAUGCCCCGCUGACUCCACCCACGCACAUGGCCAACGCCUCGCAUCAGUUUGGCAGCAAUUCAGGACUGUCGGCAGGAGGAGGAGCAGGAGGUGCAACUGUGGGCCGCCUGGUCAUCGAUUUGGAGACAAAGUUCGGGAAGCGAUUCCACAACGUGACCGAGUUCCCCAAGCCGCCGCCGUUUCUUAAUAUACAAAAAAUCUAUCCUAGUCGAACGUUUAAGGCGAGCAACGGUAUGUAGUCGUCUGUGAGCGUGUGAGUGUGUGUGGGUGUGUCUGUUCUGUGAGUGCUUUAAAUACAUGUGUAUAGUAUAUGGAGAUACACAACCACAUACACAUAUGUAUAUGUUUAUGUAACUGCGUUUAUUCUUAUAUACACACAUGGAAUGCAAUGCUGUUACAUAUAUAAUUAUGUAAUUGUUUCUUAAGGCACAUGCUCUGUCAUUUCGCAUACAACGAUUCUUAUCUUUUAUACAUACAACUCAUGCUAUAUAUAUAUUAUUUUAAACAUGUAUUACUUACUAUUAUGAUUAUGAUUAUUAUUGUUUAACACACUGAAAACCCAUCCAAUCGAACACAAAGAAACAAACACAUGAAAAUGCAUACAGAUUUUAUAAUAACCAGGGCAGUUUUAGGAAUCUUUUUUGGAUUAUUGUUGUUUUAUUUUACUGUUAACGAGCCAAUAAAUAAUGAAUGUAUAAAGAGUAGAAGAAGCUGGCUGGCUGCCGAAGCAGUCGAAGCGAAGAAUGUUAUCUUGUAUAUUGCAUAAUACUGAAGUUGAAUAGCUUUAUCCAAACACUAUCUUUCUUAUACCAUCUAAUGUUAAAGUUUGUUAAAUUUCACAAGAAGAAGAAGAUAGGGAGAUGAAGAUCAGAUACGAUCGACAUCUCCAUAAAAUAUGUUAACGAAACGCGAUAUUACCACUAAGCACACACAAUAUUAUUACGCAUAGCUAUAGACAUAUCCCGUAUAUAUGUAUAUGUACUAUGUGUGUGUAUGUAAAGCGAAGUCCUUCCAUAUAUCACCGUAUCCCCCUCCCCCUCAAUCCAUCCACACACAACACAUUUGAAAUACAUGUAGCGCAUUCUUUUUAAUUGUACUCCACUCCCGUCAUAUCUUUUAUAUAUCUUACCUAUCUGCACGCGCAUAUCUAAAUGCAUAUGCAUACAUAGGCAUACACACACAUAUUAUGUAUAUCCGACAUCCGAUGCGAUGAAUUUUAGUUCUAGUAACAGGCACACUACGAGUAUAAUUGUUUGUUUUAAUUUUAAAGUUAUCUUUUGGAUGGAACAAUAAACCAAAAUUCGAUUGGAUUUACAUCAACAUGUGAA